CGCCGGCUGCGUGGAUCGCACGUUCCCCCCACCCAGUCCUGCAUCUCUUUGGACCAAGCCAUGUGGGACCUCGCUAUCGAGGUCGGGAUACGGGUCCUGCUCUUCGGCGUCUUCGUUUUUACAGAAUUUUUGGAUCCAUUCCAGAGAGUUAUUCAGCCAGAAGAGAUCUGGCUGUAUAAAAAUCCUUUGGUGGAAUCUGACAACAUACCUACUCGUCUCAUGUUUGCCAUUUCAUUCCUGACUCCUUUGGCUGUCAUUUUUGUGGUGAAAAUCAUCCGACGGACAGACAAGACUGAAAUUAAAGAAGCUUUUUUAGCUGUUUCCUUGGCUCUGGCUUUGAAUGGAGUCUGCACAAACACUAUUAAAUUAAUAGUGGGAAGACCUCGUCCCGAUUUCUUUUACCGCUGCUUUCCAGAUGGAGACAUGAAGUCUAAUAUGGACUGCACAGGUGAUCCAGAUGUGGUCUCAGAAGGCAGGAAAAGCUUUCCAAGCAUCCAUUCUUCCUUUGCAUUUUCAGGCCUUGGCUUUACCACCUUCUACUUAGCCGGGAAGUUGCACUGCUUCACUGAGAAAGGCCGUGGGAAAAGCUGGCGCCUCUGUGCAGCAAUUCUACCUCUGUAUUGCGCCAUGAUGAUAGCUCUAUCACGCAUGUGCGAUUACAAGCAUCACUGGCAAGAUGCUUUUGUUGGAGGGGUUAUCGGCCUCAUGUUUGCUUACAUUUGCUACAGACAGCACUACCCUUCAUUGGGUAACUUGGCUUGUCACAAGCCUUAUAUCAGUCUGCUCAAUCAGACAUCGUUGAAGAAAGAAGAGACACCGACGGUGGAUAACGCUACCAGCCUGCCUCUGGAAGGAAUAACUGAAGGUCCAGUAUGA